AUGCUUUGGGGAAUAGUAUUGUUGGCAGGAGCUCUGGCAGUAGCUCAGGUGCAGUCAGAAGAUGCUGUUGCUGAAAUACAACGCCCCCAAAACAAGCCAUGUAAAGACCCCAAUGCGGAGAGGGUGCAAUGCGCACCAGACCCAUCCUGCCGCUCAACCUGCGCCACGCCCAAUCCAUCGCCUUGCAGAAAGAUUUGCGCGAUUAAUCAAUGUGCCUGCAAAAAAGGCUACGUUUUGUCGAAGAAGGGUGGAAAGUGCAUACCUGUAGAUCAGUGUCCAAAAGAUGUACCCUGCAACGGCGACUGCAACGCCGUUAUAAAGGCCAACCCGAUCCCUUGCCCGUCGACCUGCAGCGCUCCCAACGCUAGCCCUUUGUGCAAGAGGUACGCCCCGCCGGUGGGCUGCGAGUGCAAGCCAGGCUAUCUCCUCAAUGAUAAAGACAAGUGUAUUACACCUGAUCAAUGUCCAGCUCCACCGAUAAAAUGCAAAGAAAACGAAGUUUACAACCCGUGUAGUUUCAUUUGUCCUCCUCAAACAUGUGCCUCCCUCUACACGGACUACGAUUGCCGUGGCGCGACGAAGUGCGUGCCCGGGUGCGACUGCAUCCCCGAGUACUUGAGGAACGGAACGGAAAACGAUCCCUGUAUACCUAGCCACCUGUGCCCGACCUUUACACCAGAAUGCGGUAUCAAUGAACAUUAUGAAACAAACAGAAUCAAGUGCGAGCUGACUUGCAAGAACUACCACUUGGAACCAAUAAUGGGUCCUUGUCAGCCAACCAGCGCCUGCUUUUGCGAUGAUGGCUAUGUCAGAAACUCUAAUGGAUUGUGCAUUCUAAAGAAGGAAUGCCCCCCGGCAGAGUGCGAUAAGGGAGAGGUGUACAGCGAGUGCGGUUCGUCAUGUCCUCCGUCGUGCGAGAACAAAGGGAACACGUGUCUGGUAUGCACGGCGCAGUGCGUGCCCGGCUGCUUCUGCGCAAAGGGGACCAUCAGAGCACCGAACAACACUUGCGUCAAACCGGAAAAUUGCCCUAAACCCCAGUGCGGCCGCAACGAAGAGUUCGUCAAGUGCCCGCGGACGUGCCCAAGAACCGAUGAGUGCAAAAAUCUCUGGUCCAAAGAACCUUGUACGCCAAUAGACUGCUGCCAUCCUCAGUGUCGCUGCAAGUCUGGCUUCUACAGGAAGAACGGUGUUUGCGUUAGCGCUAGGGAGUGUAGUAGGUAA